AUUUUAGAUAUUUUAAGUUUUUAACAGUGUAUUCUUUUUCUAUACAACUGAUGAUUUUUUUAGAUGAGAUUUUGCUUCAGCUAACAAGAACAAGAAAACAGAGAAGAGAAGAAGAGAGUCAGUGUUAAGGUCAUUAUUUUAAUUACUAUUAUCACUAUUAUCAUCAUCUUUAUUAUUGUUAUGGGAGAAGUAAUGAUUAGCAACGAAGAAAUGGAAGUGAGAACAGAGAGUGAGACAGAGAGGAAAAAGGAGAAAGAAGAAAAUGAAGAAGAAAUGGAGGAGACAAAUAAGAAGAAGAAGAUGGUGAUGAGAUGGGAGAAAUUGUUGCCAAGAAUGGUAUUGAGAGUAUUAUUAGUUGAAGCUGAUGAUUCUACCAGGCAGAUUAUUGCUGCUCUUCUUAGGAAAUGUAGCUACAAAGUUGCCGCUGUUCCUGAUGGCUUAAAGGCAUGGGAGAUGCUCAAAGGAAAACCCCAUAAUAUAGACCUCAUUUUGACAGAAGUGGAAUUACCUUCAAUAUCUGGAUAUGCCCUUCUUACACUAAUUAUGGAGCAUGAGAUUUGCAAAAACAUACCAGUUAUAAUGAUGUCCUCACAAGAUUCAGUUAGUACAGUUUACAAAUGCAUGAUGCGAGGUGCAGCUGACUAUUUGGUUAAGCCGAUAAGGAAAAAUGAACUGAGAAAUUUGUGGCAGCAUGUAUGGAGAAGACAAUCUUCUCUAGCCAGAGAAAAUGGUCCCCAAGAGGAAAGUGUUGGACAGGAUACGGCUGAGGCUACUUCUGAAAAUAAUCCUGAGAGUAAUCAUUCAAGUGGUGACGUGGCUCGUCUUCAAAAUAAUAAAGAUUUUGAGAAAGGGAGUGAUUCUCAGAGACUGCAUGUUUGCUGUCUCGUGCAGAGUUCUUGCACAAAGCCAGAUUUGGAAGCUGAGAGUGCCGCUGUGGGAAAUGUGCGGGAAAUUUUUCUGCCAGUAUGGGGACCAUUUAUACUGAAUGAUAAAACAAGGCAUAAGGAUGAAGCACGCAUGGAUUGUGGUCAGAAGGUGCUUUUGCAUGAGAAUGAUGCUGGGGGUUCUGCUGUGGCUGCCUGCAAGGAUUCCAACCAAAUGAUUGUGAAUGAGGAUGUUGAGCCAGAAAGUCAAAGAACAAAUGCCAAGAUCACCUAUGAGGCCUGUGACCACAAUUAUUUCUUUGUCAACUCUUCUAAAGAAGCUAUUGAUUUCAUGGGAGCAUCAGCUGGUCACAAGUCUUCAUUGGAUAAUACCAAAAGCAAAUUUGAUUUUGUGCCCCAAUUGGAUCUGUGCUUAACAAGACGCCAUUCAAGUGGCUUUGAGAUUCAAGUUUUAGAAGAUACACGUACUCUCAGGCAUUCCCAUGCUUCAGCAUUUACGCGGUAUAGUAACCGGCCAUUACAGUCCAUACAUACAACAUGGGCUAGUGUUCCUAAUCAGAAAGAACAUGGAGCUUACUCUGAGGGAAAAUUCUCCAGCAAUGUUGGUGGUUAUAAUUCUGAUGUUCCUGGUCCACCACCAAGUACUGCAAGAGCUAUCAUCUCUUUGGCUAAUGGUCAAACUGAAGAGUCUGAAAAGGCAAUUUCAUCCACUCAGCAAAAAGUCUUUCCAGUUAAUGGUGUAGGCUUUAAUAAUCUAUGCACCAGCUAUGGUUCUAUGUUUUCUCCAAUUUUUUGUAAACAACAGUCUGGUGCAUCACCAAUACCCAGUCCAAGUUCAGGCAGCCAGCCGGAGCCCAAUUGUAAAGUGAAUCCAUUUCGGCAGUUCAAUUUCAUAAGUAAUUCUGAAAAUCUCUAUGAUGGAUUGAUCCAAACAGCAAAUGAUACUGCCAACAGAACCCUGCAAAAGCAGGACAAGGAGUUGGAUCCUCCAGAGGAUCGAGGACAUAUUUCUCCUACCACUGAUCAGAGUGCAACUAGUAGCUUCUAUAAUGGUGCUGCAAGUCAUCUUAAUAUGGGUUAUGGAAGCCAUUCUGGGAGUAAUAGCAAUGUUGAUCAGGUUGCUAAUGUCAGGGUUGCUGCAGAGAGAAAAAAUGAAGAAAGUACUUUACAUAACGCAAACUCACAUCGAUCUAUCCAAAGAGAAGCGGCUCUUAAUAAGUUUCGCUUGAAGAGGAAAGACAGAUGCUAUGAGAAGAAGGUGCGCUAUGAGAGUAGGAAAAAGCUCGCAGAGCAGCGUCCUAGAGUAAAAGGACAAUUUGUUCGGCAAGCACACCCAUCCGCAGAAACUGACCAGUAGCAGGGCGAUUCUUUUAUUGGUUAGCUAAUUCAUACUGUUGAUUAGAUGGAAUACAUUUAUUAGAUCUCAGACUUUGGAUUAAUUGUUUCUGCCAUUUGCCUUGUAUAGUAUGAGAAAUGAGUACGAAUGUAACACGAGUUAUCCAUAUCCUUUUUGGAGUAGGUUUGUAGUUUUCUAGAGUAGUCUUUCUUUGUAUAGUUUGUGAAGUUGGACCAAGUCGUGUCUCCCUUUAGAUUUCAAGGUUUUUCAUUCAAAAAUUUCAUAAGCAUGAACUUCAGAGGAAACUAGCUGGUUAAACACUUCUCCUUGCUACCAAUUAGAAUUCGAUUAAGGACUUGGCUUCUUUCUCAACUUGUGCCUUUCUUUUCCCCUUCUAUUUGAGUUGCAAACUAGAUAGUGGUGCUGAAACCUGAAAGGACAUGUUGACUCUUCUUUUACCUUUCGGUCCUCUGUACUUGGUCAAGUACGUUGGUUAUAAAUCUGUAAACUUAUUGUGUUCUUUUUUCUUCAAAAUGUAAACUUAUUGUGUUCAGCUACAGACAAUAUACAUGUUUAUCAGUGUCUAUAUAUUUUACUUGAAUGGAAAGAAAUUGUACCUACGUUUA